UCCAAAGCAAACUAUACUCAUGUGUUGACUUAAUUUUAUAUUAAAUAUACUUUUUCUAUUAUUAAGUUAUUGAGUUUUAAAUAGAUUAUUACAGUGAAAAUGUUGUUAAAGUGCAUUGUUUUGUUGUCGUUAAUAAGUACUGUGUACGCUGACUAUUAUAUUAAUCGUCAAUGCGCCGUGCCUCGCCUGUCGCACGGGAGGGCCAAGAGUAGAUUCAGAAGCAAGAUGAUCAAAUAUAUAUGUCAGACUGGCUAUACUCUCGUCGGCAAUAGGUACUCCACCUGCACGAACGGGCAGUGGGAUACACCUAUACCUAUAUGUGUCAAGCCUGGGUGUAUCGUGCCAAUCCUGAAGCACGGCUUGACGGUACCGUCGGUGGCUGAAGCCUGGGUUGGCUUCUUCUGCAUGCCAGGCUACAAGCUGGUGGGAUCACCGGCCAUAUAUUGCGACGGAAGACAUUGGAAUGCCACUGCACCAACAUGCAUCGAUUCUUCUGUGACGAGCAAUUUGAGCUGCAACUUUGAGAGUCCCGACCUUUGCGGAUGGACGCAGGACGCGUUACAUGACUUCGAUUGGGAAAGACUGAAUAAGAAAACACCUAGCUACUUCCUGUUCACUGGACCAUCAUACGACCACACGUACGGGAAAGAAGGAUCAGGUUACUACAUGUAUAUAGAAAGCUCUUCUCGUGUGGAAAACGACACAGCCCGUCUACUAUCACCGAUAUACGAAGCUCAACUGGCUUACGACGGUUGCUUUGCGUUCUUCUAUCACAUGUACGGCAAAUACACUGGUGGUCUACGGGUCUACCAGAAACCAGAUAGUCUAGGCCUAGAAGAAAUGUUGAGACAGCCAGAAGGUCUCCGGCAGAAAUAUUUACUGUUCGAACAAUGGGGUAAUCAGGGCGACGUGUGGUAUGGGGAGGUCGCCCAGCUGCGAAAUUUUUCGGAUAACUUCCAGAUCGUGGUAGAAGGAAUACGCGGCAAGAAAUUCACCAGCGACAUAGCUAUUGAUGAUGUGGCUAUCCUGCAAGGAGAAAACUGCACUUUGGCGGAGAGUUCGAUCACGACACCGACUGCGUUCCUCCCUGACUCCUGCGAUGGUAGAUGUGUGAACUCCACCGUGCCCCUCCUGAAGCCGCAGCUGGGAUGCUCGUGCCACAUCAACUGCCUCACCGAGGAGAACUGCUGCGCCGACUUUUUCGAGAUCUGUUUUUAUAAUAAUAUAGACUCUACAUUAGACGAUUCUGACCAAAGUUCUACUACCGUAGAAUUACCGCAAACCCAGAAAUUGGUAGCAAAAACCUCAACUCCGCUAACAACGACAACAACUACAGAAGCAACUACAACUAAAAAAAUCAUAACUACUAAACUUGUACCAACUACAGUCAAACCAAAAACGACUACUGUUCCGCAAAAAACAACAAAGAAAGCAGUCACAACCACAACAGAUAGUGCGGUAAAAGUGACUGUUACUGUAUUCCAGAAAGACGAAAUCAAGGACACACCUAAACACGAACCAACAGCAUCAAUUUUUAAAUUAACUAGUACAACAACACUAACACCUGCGACAAAGAAAUACACAACGAAAACGACUAAAGUAGUAAACAAAUUUACGACAUUGAAACCUAUAACUAAAGCGCCAAUCAAAAAACUUACAACAAAUAUUCCUGGUGCUACAAAAGCUUUACGAGACACUGGAGGCAAAAAAGGCAGUGCAGACGUGUUUGGCAAACCGCCAGAGAAGAAACAAGGUUCCGGCUGGAAAACCUUCGCUAUCACUGCAGUGGCUCUAUUGUGCUGCGCGGGCCUACUAUGGGUGGCCGUAGGAGCGCGGGGGGCGCGGGGGCGCGCGGCGCUCGCCUACCUGCGCGGGCGCGUGCGACACGACCCUGAAGUACGCUACCUACACUCAUCGGCCAACGACGAAGACUAAUAAAGC